GACGACCAUAGUCAACGCACGGUCAAACUAAUGUUGCUGCGGUAUAUAGCAUUAUAUAAGCUUAUCUAAUCUUACCCAAGGUUUAGACUGGGGCCAUACAUGCGGUACGCCGCCCACGUGCCAGGCCCCAGCAAGAUCCUCGCCGCGGGCCUUGAAGCCAGCGACGAGGAGCUGAUCCUGCAGCAGUGCGAGGAGGAGGAGGAGGAGCUGGGGGCGGCGGCGGCGGCGCAGCAGGCGGCGCAGCCGCGCCUGCAGCUGACGGCAGAGGGCAUGCCGUACAUUACGGAGACGGAGCCGCUCGUGGAGUGAACAAAGCGGCCGCCGCAGCGGAGCACGGACAGGAGGCUGCAGCGGAGAGGAAGCUGAGCCAGCUUGAGCAUUCACGCAUUCUUUCAUUAUAUAUGGGGGCUUGACGUAGACUGCGUGGGGUGCAUGGGGCCCCAUAUGGGGAGUCGAAUGAGGCUGAGAGCGGCUGCGGCGGCAUUGACGUGCAUGGGUUUGGGGACCGUCAGGGGCUGGAGUGCAGUGGGUCGGGCAGCACAGGCUUUCGGACUGUUGAUUACAGAAGGGGACGGAGAGAGCAACGCAUUAGACUACUUAGCAGCAAAAACGGCUCAGCCCAUGACCCACUUCUCCUUGGGACACCCCCCGUGUAAGGUGGGCCUGCC